AUGAAGCGAGUAAAAUGCUGCACCGCCUGUCGCCGCCGACACAGAAAAUGCGUCACUCAACCUGGCGCAUCUCAAUGCGGCACGUGUCUAGAGUCAGGGCAGGAAUGUCGGUUUGAGAAUGACAUUCGGUUCAAACACACUCACUCAGAAACACAGAAGGAAUCUGGGCGGAAGUGGGCAAAGGUUCCUCAGAAGAUCUCUUUCACGACGCCCCGUGGGAUUGAUGGCAAGGUACCUGAGGAAGCGGACACCAGACCGGAGACGAACGAGUUGGCAACACAGCCGAUAUCAGAAGGGAUGAUGGAAAUAUCGAUAGACGACACAAUUCAAUCCCAACAAGAAACUGCGCCUUUGGAGCAAGUGUUCAGUUACUGGGAGUCGCCCUCGAAUCUCAUCACCGACUCCCCAAUUGAUCAGAACACGAACCCAGCAUAUCAACCAGAUCACACAGAGAGCUCGUCACUCCCACAAGCAUCCAUCCCUUUUAUUCUCGGCCCACAAAGCUCUUCUCAUGGGACUGGCCAAGAUUUGACAGGUCACGGUCAAAGUCAGGAUCCCUUCGAGUUGACAGAACGAGAAGCGUUUCUCUUCAUGACAUACAUCCACAAACUCGCACCUCUUUCCGACGCAUGCGACGACGCCCGCCAUUUCGCCCUCGAAGUCCCCCGCCUAGCCCUCCACCAACCCAUGAUAAUGAACGGCCUCCUCGCCCUCGCAAGCCGCUACGACUCCCGCUGCACCAACACCUCCUCCGACAUCGAAAGCACAUUCUACCACAACAAGUGCAUCAAACUCCUCAUCGAAGCUUUCACUCAACCUCCCGAGACCUGGGACUCAACGCUCCUCACUGCCGUUGUUAUCGCGCGCUUGUACGAGGAGAAUGAUAACGAGACGGAUUCUUACUAUCAUCAUCUCAGCGGAACGCAGAAUCUGUUGAAUCAUGAAGUCAUCGCGAGGUUUGUGAUGCAAGGUGGGUUGGCGGAGGCAGCGAGUUGGGUUCAUCUUCGGCAAGCUAUUUAUGUGUAUGUUGUUCGUAGGGAACCGCUUGAGAUUUGUCUUGAGAACUUUGAGAGAUCGACGGUGUUUCGAAGAUCUGAUGACUCGGCAUAUGCGAACAGGGCAGUUUAUAACUUUGCGAAACUGAUGAGGUUAUUUCUGCCGAUGGAAAGUCUGGAUGGUGAUCUUGGGAAGUGGGAGGCUGUCGAGAGGGAGAUUCAGGAAUGGUAUAAUGCCAGACCAGUUUCAUUCAAGCCCAUAUUUCACAAGGCGGCGGAUAUCACCAGCGACAGGCCGUUUCCAGUCAUCUGCUUUGCUGCGUCGGUGCCUGUGGUGGCGAUGCAGCAUUACUACGCAGCCAAGGCCGUUUUGUGCUUGCGCGACAGCAAACAGACAACAGACAAUUACAGCAGACAAGAAUCUGAGGUGAACAUAUCCUCAUACCUCUGCAUGCUUAUGGGCAUCGCUUUGUCCAAUUCUCAUGUGGCAAACGCAUUCUAUCUACCCGCACACAUGCUUUCGCUCUGUAGGUUUGAUGCCCAGUCCAAAUGUGAAGAGGGUCCACUGAUGUGA